CGAGAGAGUGCGACGAUAAGUGUGCUUUACUAAACUUGGACGUAGAUGAAGGGAACACUUUAAAAAUGUAUUUUUAAUUCUUUAUAUAUUUACUGUACGUUUCAUAUAUCAGCUUCUAGCAUAUGUAUGUAUUUUGAGAAAACAUGAUGCUUAAUUUGAAUGAAAAGACGUCUUUUAGCUUUUUGAUUUUGUACGUAAUUUUUGCAUCUCUUGGAUACGGAGCAAACGUCGAUGCACCUUUUAAACCGACUCCGAAUUCUCCAUCUAAAAUUCCUCCUUGGAGCCCGAUGGAGGAGACUCAUCCUAACCCUGACCCUGAUGAAACUACCCAAGCGGUGUUUACACUGAACUAUCCCCGCAUUCAGAUACCGUUUGAGAUUACUUUAUGGGUGCUACUGGCGUCCUUUGCCAAAAUAGGUUUCCAUAUCUACCAUAAGAUCACAAUAUGGGUGCCAGAGUCGUGUUUGCUGAUCUCCAUUGGUCUCAUAGUUGGGGGGAUCAUGCAUUCGGUGCACGAGAAGCCGCCGGCAGUGCUCACCUCCAACGUCUUUUUCCUCUAUAUGUUGCCAUCCAUUGUUCUGGACUCAGGCUACUUCAUGCCCACUCGGCCUUUCUUUGAGAAUUUCGGGACAGUGUUGUGGUUUGCUGUUUUUGGCACCUUGUGGAAUUCCAUUGGCAUUGGCAUCUCCCUGUUUGCCAUCUGCCAGAUCGAGGCUUUUGGCGUGCAGGACAUUAACCUGCAGGAGAACCUCCUCUUUGCCUCCAUCAUCUCAGCUGUAGAACCGGUGGCUGUGCUCACUGUUUUUGAGGACAUCAGCAUACAUGAGCAGCUCUAUAUUGUGGUAUUUGGAGAGUGCCUGUUCAAUGAUGCUGUCACUGUGGUGCUCUAUAAUCUUUUCAAUCAUAUAGCAGUGAUGGAAGUAGUUGAAGCCGGAGAAGUUUUUCUGCACAUAGGUUGGUUUUUUGUGGUGGGUUUGGGAGGUACGUUUUUCGGCAUACUGUUUGGCUUUUUGGCAGCCUUCACCACACGCUUUACAGGAAAAGUGAGAGAGAUCGAGCCUCUUAUAAUCUUCCUAUACAGCUACCUGGCCUACCUCAUAGCUGAGCUCUUUAGCAUCUCCAGCAUCAUGGCUAUUGUAACCUGUGCUUUGACUAUGAAGUAUUACGUUGAGGAGAAUGUAUCCCAGCGCUCCUGCACCACUAUUCGGCAUGUGAUUAAGAUGGUUGGAAGUGUGUCGGAAACUCUGAUCUUCUUUUUUCUGGGUGUUGUUACCAUAACAACAGAGCACGAAUGGAACUGGGGCUACAUCCUCUUUACUCUGGUGUUUGCUCUGCUUUGGAGAGGCCUUGGAAUCUUGGUGCUAACGCAGAUCAUUAACCCCUUCCGCACAACGCCUUUCAACUUCAAAGAUCAGUUUGGUUUGACCUAUGGUGGGCUGAGAGGAGCCGUGUCCUUUGCCUUGGCCUUCACUCUCCCAGACAGCAUUGGUCAUAAGAAGCUGUUUAUCACAGGAACGAUUGUCGUCAUAAUCUUCACAGUGUUCAUUCAGGGAAUUACUAUAAGACCCCUGCUAAAAUUAAUGAAUGUUCGUAAGACAAAUCGAAACCUGGACACCAUCAAUGUUGAGAUUCACAAAAGGUUAAUGGAGCACACUGUUGCCGGCUUAGAAGAUCUUUGUGGACAAUGGAGUCACUACUACUGGAAAGACAAGUUCAUGAAGUUUAACAACCGGAUCAUUCGCAAAAUUUUAAUCCGUGAUAACCGUCCCGAGUCAAGCAUUGUGGCUCUAUAUAAGAAACUGGAGCUUCAGAACGCAAUGGAGAUACUGGACCAAAUGUCCGGUGACAUCAGUGCAGCUCCCUCUUUAAUUUCAUUGCACGAAGAAAGAAAGAAUGCCCCAAAAUCCAGGAAGAAGCCCUUGUCAUCUGAUGUGACAAAUAUGCAUGAACUCUUGUCAAAGAACAUGUACAAGAUCAGACAGAGGACAUUGUCUUACACCAAUAAGCAUGCAUUACCCAAUGAUAUCCCAGCCAGAGAGAUCCUGAUGAGACGGCACACAAGCUUACGACGCAGCUUCAGAGCUGGAAGCUUACAUGGCACUAAUGCUGCAAAAAUGUCCCAGAAGUUUUUGUCUCUGCCCAUGGGUCGGAGUCUGAACUCUGGAUUACCUCCAGGGAGACGUGGUCACACUGGAGAUGGUGAUAUUGAAUCGGAGAUUGAUUACCCGUCAAACAGGCCCAAAAUCAGGUAUCCAAAGAGAGUGUCAUCUAAAGCAGGGAUGCCUCUCCGGCCACUAGACACUCUGAAGGAAGCAGCUUCCUCUGUUAAUAUGGUGGAUGAGCAAAAUGAAGAGCAGAGGGGCAACAGGAGGUCACAUCUGGGGUCAAACGUAAGACGUUCAGGACUUACGGUUAGGUUGAGAAACUAUAGUGAUGAAGACUCUGAGGGUGAGGAGCAGAAGGCACGGUCGUCUCCACAUGCAUGGGUACGGGAACCUCAGAACAACAGUGAUGUGCAACACCCUUUGGUGAAGGGACCACACUGGCUGCCAAAGAAACCACAAUGAGAUCUACAGGGAUGGACACUGUUAAUGUGGCUGAACUGCUAUUAUUUUUGGAACUAAACUCACCACAAAAAAAAAAAAAAAAAAAAAA